UUCCUCCUCCUUCCUUUCAGGACCGAACGUCAACGGCUUCUUGCAAGAUGACGGCAACAGUUCGGCGCGUGGCCCUCAUUCAGAAUUUCCACUCGCCGAAAACGUGACGGGUCUUCUGAACCUCACAAGCCGAGAAGCGCCCAUACAAUUCACGCUGCCGCUUCUUGGCUAUGCCAUGCCACUGCUCCUUGUCGUCACAAUUAUCGCGAACACGCUUAUCGUGGUCGUACUCUCACAGAGGCACAUGCGGACACCCACCAACAUAGUGCUUCUCGGAAUGGCCAUCUGUGACAUGUUGACGUUGCUGGUCCCGUCCCCGUGGUACUUCUACAUCUACUCGCUGGGGAACUACGAGAGAAUACUCACACCGGCUUCGGCCUGCUACGCGUACAACAGCAUGCAUGAAGUGAUCCCCAACUUCUUUCACACGUCGUCCAUCUGGCUGACGUUGCUUCUAGCUGGUCAGCGUUACAUCUACGUCUGUCAGCCAGCUCGCGCGAGGGACUGGUGCACAGUGCCGAACGUUACACGAGCCAUGUGCUGGAUCCUGACCCUGGCUUUUGCCCAUCAGCUGCCGCGCUUCUUUGACAGAACUUUCGAGGAUGUCCAGUUCCGAUGGAACGGCCAGAUUCUGUGGGGCUGCAGCAUGCGAACUGCAUCCUGGGUCCGGACCGUGUUCGCUGAGCACGCGUACUAUAUCGCCUACUAUGCUUUCAAGGUCGUGUUUGUCAACACUGGCCCGUGCACUGCGCUCGUAGUGCUCAAUGUGCUUCUGUUCAAGGCCCUCAAGCGCGCCCGGAAUAAGCGACUGAGGCUGUUCCAAGAGCUCCGGCGCAAGAGCGAGUGCAAGAGACUCAGGGAUAGGAACUGCACCACGAUGAUGUUAAUCAUUGUUGUCACGGUGUUCCUCGUAGUCGAGAUACCACUCGUUGUCACAGUUCUUCUGCACGUUCUUAUAAACACCAUCCGCGUUCGUACCGUAUCAUACGAAUCACUAAACAUAGUUAUCUUGUUUAGCAACUUCCUUAUCAUGCUGAGCUAUCCCGUAAACUUUGCUAUCUACUGCGGCAUGAGCAGGCAAUUCAGAGAAACGUUCAAAGACCUUUUUCUCGUGGGAUCUGUGGUGAACAGACGCGAGAAUUCCUCCCGGUACUCGAUGAUAAAUGGUCCUCGACCAUCGGCCAAUGAGACGUUGCUAUAGUUACUUAAAUGUUAUAGGUAAGCCAUCAGGCUGCCAUGAGAGUGUACCAAAUAUUUUUGCAGACACAAAAGCAUCAGUAUGGUGAUCGUGCGUAUGCUUAAUUGUAUCACUUCCAGUGGUGUAAACGCUCGUCUGCAGUGUCCAUUUGGAUGAUAACUUCUGCGACGAGACACCAAAGAAAAGUGGUGGCAGUAGGAUAUUGUGUAGGACAGGCAGUGCUGAAGCACUAAUAUUUGAAGCGCAACACAGAAUGUCAGCCUGUGCUCGUUCAUACUUUACACAUUUACCCAUGAAGUCAUGGCUAUAUACAAGACGCAUUUUUUUCUAUGAUCAUGAUUAUACACCUUUCACAGAAUACACAUGUUUUUACAAGGCACUUAGAACAGAAGGCUUCGUUACUACUGUACAUAGGUAUGAAAUACACCCGGCAGGUGUGUUUGAUGCGCAAAUGACAGACACGCUGCGAAUAUCUCUGUUGUGAAAGUGCUGAACAAUUUCAGCAGUCGAAAACGUGGAUGAUCGCCUGAGAAAUGCUCCGCGGUACUGCUCACAGGGUGGUAGCAUAUGUACAACCGUCAGCACGCUUGACACGAACGCUCCGCAGCGUGGUCUGAAAUGGUUUGAUUGACGCCAUCGCCGCGUAGACAACUUUGGGUUCUGUUGCGGAAAUGCUACCAAUACAUACCGACCUACUAUCCAAGCAUACCAAGGUAUUGUCUCGUUAACAGCGCCCAGCACUUUGCGGCUGGCAUCAGUCAAACCAGUCCAGGCCACGCUGCGGAGCUUUAGUGUUAAGCGUGCUGACGGCUCUGCGCAGUAUCGUUGUGGCGUAGAGUUUUAGCCACAUAACCGAAUGCGUUAUCUUAGUAAAAUGGUCGUCCUGAGCUAUCCUUACUUGUUGCCAUUUACAUUAAAUAUGUUGAUGUCCCUGUUAGUAACCGGCGUUUGCCUGAUGCAGACUGCUUACGAAGAAGGGUGGACGAAUAUUGUUAAUUAAAACUUACGGAUUUCGCUUCUUAAGGUAUAGUGACAUGAAGCGACUACUUCAUAGUGCCCAAGUUCUUCGCGUCUUUUAGAUAAGUUAUGUAAUUUUGUCACGUAUAUCUUUCUUUUUUUCAUAUGACCCACCAUGCCCAUAUCUACUAAAUACUUAACUUAGUAGCCAAAACGUUCUGUUGCUGCGAACGAGAGGCGGAGGACUCCCCUCGCAGUGGUGUUAACCAU